GCGUAGUAUGUAGAGAGAGACCAAGACGCUACAUUACAUAGGGCUUUCUUUUCUUCCUCAACGAUCGAUUCCCUUCCCUUCCACUCCCAUUUUCCACUCUCUUCAUACACAUUUGAAUCAAUACCCUUCCACCCCCCCACUCUCUAUCCACAAAAUCAUAAAAAAAUCGAAUAAAGUGCGUUUCUGUUUUCAACUAGUGCAUAGCCAUGCACAUCUUCAUCACCGACGAUGACCUCGCGCGGCACUCAAACGACGCGUCGUAUGUGGCCGCGAAGGCCGACGAGUUCAUCAGAGGAUUACAGAGCGAACUCGAAAAUGUGAGGGCUGCGGCCGAUGCGGCGUCGAUCACCGCGGAACAAACCUGUUCGCUUCUCGAACAGAAGUUCUUGGCUCUUUCUACCGAAUUCUCGAAGCUCGAGUCUCAAAACGCACAGCUUCAGUCCUCUCUCGAUGAUCGCCUCUCAGAACUUGCUCAGGCACAGGCACAGAAGCAUCAGCUUCACUUGCAAUCUAUUGGAAAGGAUGGGGAGAUAGAAAGGUUGACGAUGGAAGUUUCGGAAUUGCACAAGUCGAAGAGGCAGUUGAUGGAGUUAGUGGAGCAGAAGGAUUUGGAGAUUAGUGAGAAGAAUGCUACUUUCAAUGGUUAUCUUGACAAGAUUGUCAAUUUGACUGAUAGAGCAGCAAAUAGGGAGGCUCGAAUAAGCGAACUUGAGGCAGAGUUGGCCCGUUCUCAGGCUACUUGUACUCGUCUUUUGCAGGAGAAAGAACUUAUUGAGAGGCAUAAUGCAUGGCUAAAUGAUGAAUUGACUGCCAAAGCUGACACUCUCAUGGAGUUACGCCGAAGGCAUGCUGAUCUUGAGGAGGAUGUAUCUACCAAGCUUGCAGAUGCAGAGAGACGGUUCAAUGAAAGCUCUAGUUCAUCAAAGAGGAGCAUGGAAAGGGUGAAGGAGUUAGAACUGAAAUUGACAUCCGUGCAGGAGGAAUUAUGCUCCUCUAGAGAUGCUGCUGGAGCCAAUGAAGAGCGAUUGUCUGCUGAACUCUCAACUGUAAAUAAGCUUGUUGAAUUGUACAAAGAAAGCUCUGAGGAAUGGUCUCAAAAGGCAGGAGAGCUCGAGGGCGUGAUCAAAGCUCUAGAAACACAUUUGAGUCAAGUUGAAAAUGACUACAAAGAGAGAUUGGAGAAGGAAAUAUCUGCUCGAAAACAAUUAGAGAAGGAGGCGGGGGAUUUGAAAGACAAACUUGAAAGGUGCGAAGCUGAUAUUGAAAGUAGCCGGAAAACUAAUGAACUGAGUCUUCUUCCUCUCAACAGUUACACUACAGAAAGAUGGAUGGAUCCACUCAAUAAUGAUGAUCUUGCUGAUGGUAACGGCAUGGUUGUCUCCAAGAUCCCAGUUGGUGUUUCAGGAACUGCAUUAGCAGCUUCUCUGCUCCGUGAUGGUUGGAGUCUGGCUAAAAUGUAUGCAAAGUACCAAGAAGCGGUUGAUGCUCUUCGCCAUGAGCAAUUGGGAAGGAAGGAAUCUGAGGCAGUACUGCAACGGGUUUUGUGUGAACUAGAGGAGAAAGCAGGUGUAAUUUUGGAUGAAAGAGUUGAAUAUGAGAGAAUGGUAGAAUCAUACUCUGUCAUCAACCAAAAAUUGCAGCACUCAUUUUCUGAACAGGCAAACCUAGAGAAAACAAUCCAAGAAUUAAAGGCAGAUUUGAGGAGGCAUGAACGUGGUUACAGUUUGGCGCAAAAGGAAAUUGUCGAUCUUCAGAAACAGGUGACAGUUCUUCUAAAGGAAUGUCGUGAUAUACAACUUCGGUGUGGAUCUUCUGGGCAUGACCAAGUUGAUGAUAGUAAAGCCAUUGCUCCUGUUGGAAUGGAUAUGGAGUCUGAUCCUGAAAAUGCAAUCUUGGAACGCCUUACCUUCAAGGAUAUAAAUGGGUUAGUUGAGCAGAAUGUUCAGCUCAGGAGCCUUGUGCGUAAUCUUUCAGAUCAGAUUGAAGAUAAGGAGACGGCGUUCAAGGAGAAAAUUGAAAUGGAACUUAAAAAACACACUGAUGAAGCUGCCUGCAAAGUUGCUGCUGUGUUACAAAGAGCUGAAGAGCAGGGUCACAUGAUUGAAUCACUCCACACUUCUGUUGCAAUGUACAAAAGGUUGUAUGAAGAGGAACACAAACUUCGCUCAUCUUAUUCCCGCUCUUCAGAUGCAGCUCCAGUUGAAGAGGAUGGAAGAAGGAACCGUUUACUUCUGCUUGAAGAUUCUCAGGAAGCUACUAAGAAGGCCCAGGAAAAGGCUGCUGAGCGAUUAAGAUCUCUUGAGGAAGAUUUGGCGAAAUCUAAGAGUGAUAUUAUAUUACUACGAUCAGAACGUGACAAGAUGGCUCUAGAUGCUAAAUUUGCUAGAGAAAGACUUGAUAGUUUCAUGAAAGAAUUUGAACAUCAGAGAAAUGAAAUGAAUGGUGUUCUAUCAAGAAAUGUGGAGUUUUCACAGUUGAUAGUUGACCAUCAAAGAAAGUUGCGUGAAAGUUCAGAAAAUUUGGUUGCAUCUGAGGAACUUUCUCGGAAGUUAAAUAUGGAGGUGUCUGUUCUAAAGCUUGAAAAGGAGAUUUUGUCAAAUGCUGAAAAGAGAGCAUGUGAUGAAGUUCGUAGUUUGUCGGAGAGGGUUUAUCGCCUUCAGGCUACUUUGGACACUAUUCAGAGUGCCGAGGAGGCUCGUGAGGAAGCAAGAGCUGCUGAGAAGAGGAAACAAGAGGAGUAUGUAAAAAAAAUUGAGAGGGAAUGGACUGAGGCCAAGAAAGAGCUGCAACAGGAGCGGGACAAUGUUAGAUCUCUCACAUCUGACCGUGAACAGACGUUGAAGAAUGCCAUGAGGCAAAUUGAUGACAUGGGGAAGGAAUUGGCUAAUAUGUUGCAUGCUGUUUCUGCUGCUGAAACUAGGGCUGCUGUUGCUGAGACCAAACUCUCCGAGCUGGAGAAGAAGAUGAAAGUUUCGGAUGCUAAGGCUGCCAGUAUGGAUGACAGUGGCAUAUCUUCUUCUAUUUCAGCUACUGAGGUUGUUACGGAUUUGCUUAUGGCAAAGGAUGAGAUAAAAAAAUUAAAGGAGGAAGCUCGGGCUAGCAAGGAGCACAUGCUACAGUAUAAGAGUAUAGCACAGGUGAAUGAAACUGCUCUAAAGCAAAUGGAAGAUGCCCAUGAAAACUUCAAGAAAGAGUCAGAGAAGUUAAAGGAGUCACUAGAAAAUGAACUUCUUUCUCUGCGGGGGAGGAUCUCAGAACUCGACAGAGAAUUUAGUAAGAAGUCUGAAGAGGUGGCCUCUGCAGCUGUAGGAAAAGCUGAGGCUUUUGCUUCUGCUUUGGCAGAAAUUACCUGUUUGAAGGAAGAAAACUGUAGUAAAACCUCUCAAAUUGUAGUGUUGGAAUCUCAAAUUUCUGCUUUGAAAGAGGAUUUGGAAAAGGAGCAUGAACGUUGGCGUGCUGCUCAAGCCAAUUAUGAAAGACAGGUUAUUCUACAAUCAGAGACAAUUCAGGAGUUGACGAAGACAUCACAAGCUUUAUCCUUGCUACAACAAGAAGCAUCUGACCUUCGUAAAUUGGUGGAUACACAGAAAAGUGCAAAUGACGAGCUUAAGUCUAAGUGGGAGGUAGAGAAAUCAAUGAUUGAAGAAUCAAAAAAUCAAGCAGAGAAGAAAUAUGAUGAACUGAACGAACAGAACAAAUUGCUGCAUAGCCGGCUUGAGGCUAUUCACAUUCAAUUGGCUGAGAAGGAUCGAAAUGCUGCUGGAAUUUCUUCUGGAAGCAAUGCUUCAGGAUUAGGCAGCGAUGCUGGGUUGCAGAAUGUGGUUAACUAUCUUCGAAGGUCAAAGGAAAUAGCAGAAACAGAGAUUUCUUUGCUAAAACAGGAAAAGCUUCGACUGCAAUCACAACUUGAUGGUGCUCUGAAGGCUGCAGAAACUGCCCAGGCUUCCCUUCAUACUGAGCGUGCAAAUUCAAGGACACUAUUAUUCUCAGAGGAAGAGAUAAAAUCCCUUCAACUUCAGGUUAGAGAAUUGACCUUGCUUCGUGAAAGCAACAUGCAAUUGAGAGAGGAAAACAAGCACAACUUUGAGGAAUGCCAGAAAUUGCGUGAAGUAGCACAAAAUACUAAAGCACAGUCUGACAAGCUAGAAUCUCUAUUGAGGGAGAGACAAAUUGAGGUUGAAGCUUGUAAGAAGGAAAUUGAAAUGGACAAGGCGGAGAAAGAUCACUUGGAAAAGAGAAUGUCCGAGCUACUUGACAGAUGUAGAAAUAUUGAUGUGGAAGAUUACAAUAGGAUGAAGGAUGAUCUUCGACAGAUGGAGGAAAAAUUGAGAGAAAAGGAUGCUGAGAUGGAGGGAAUUAAGAAUCUUGUAUCCGAACAGCAGGAAAAAAUACUGAAAUUGGAGCAAGACCUUGCCAAGAGUGAAUCAGAAUUGAACCAAAGAGAGAGAAGGAUAAGUGACAUUUUGCAAACAGAGGCUAGUCUCAGAUCUGAGCUGGAGAAGCAGAAGAAGCUGUCUGUUCAGUGGAAGAAAAAAUCUGAAAUCUUAUCGAAGGAGAAGGAAGAAUUUAGCAAAGAAAAACAAGCACUCAUCAAACAGAUUGAGGACUUGAAACAAGGUAAAAGAUUGCUGGGAAAUGUUACUGGCGAGCAGGUCUUGAAGGAAAAGGAGGAAAAAGAACACAGAAUACAGAUUCUGGAGAAAACUGUCGAGAGGCUAAGAGAGGAGUUGAAAAGGGAGAAAGAGGAUCUUCGGACCGAGAAGUCAAAGCGUCAGAUUACAGAGAAGGCUGUUUUAGAUUCCUACAAAAAUGUUGAGCAGACGAAGACAAAGUUGGAGGAUAAACUUGAGUUGCAUAAGCAGGUUCUGAAGCGCAUAUCAGAUGAACUGGAAAAGCUUAAGCAUGCAGAAGGCAAUCUUCCAGAGGGCACCUCUGUGGUUCAGCUUCUUUCGGGGACCAUCUUGGAUGAUCUAGCUGCCACCUAUGUAUCAGCUAUUGAGAACUUUGAAAGGGUAGCACUUUCUGUUUCCUCUGAACUUGGAGCUGGUGUCCAAUCAGUGGAGAAUCCUUUGAUUCCAGAUGCUUCUGCCACUGUUACUCCUGGUCAGGCAGUUCCUUCUCAGGCUACCAUCGUUUCAUCAGUACCUCCUCAUGCUCACUUACCUACUAAAAUGGCUGAAGAGAAGGAGAGAAAAGUUCCUGUACCCAAACCCAAUGUUGAAACUCGCAAGACAGGGAGGAAGCUGGUAAGACCCCGGCUUGUUAGACCUGAAGAACCUCCAAGCGAUGUUGAGAUGUCAGAGGUGGAUGGAUCUACUAGCGUGGCAAAGCUUACACCAGCUAGCGAGUCUGAAACUCAACACAAUAUCACACCAUCUUCUCAGCCAAUAGCCCGCAAGCGCCUUGCUUCAUCUAGUUCUGACUUGAACGAGCAGUCCUUUAAUCAAGGAGAGACUAGCUCUGAUGUUCCACCACCUGUUUUGAAAAGACCGAAAGGUACUGAUUCCGUGCAAGAAGGUAGUGAAGGACAAGCUGCCACUCCAUCAGAGACACUGGUGACUCAUCCGGUGGUGGAAGAAUCAGCUGUCACUGAUUUGUCUCAAGGUGAAGAGGAAGCUGUUGCAGAAAAGGAAGAGGUUGAGACUUCCGGAGAGAAAGCAGAGCCUCCAAAAGAAUCUGAACAAUUAGAUGACACAACUCAAGUUGAACCAGAGAAUGAGACAAAUGAAGUUGCUGAAGAGAUUUUGGAUAAACCAAGUGAAAGUGGAAUGGAAAUUUAUGAUGGUUUGAAGGAUCAUGCUACUGCAGAAGACAACCAACAAUCACCUGUGGAGUUUGAAAAUGAGAGGGAAGAGGGGGAACUAGUUGCAGAAGUCGAGGAAGGCACUGAUAUGUCAAACAUGGCAGGGAGCCCGGAAACUGGGGAAGUUCUUCCUGACACUACUCCUGUGGCUUCACCAGCUAGGAUUGAUGAUGAAGCUAUGGUUCCUGUGGGAAUGGAGUCAGGUGAGAUUAAUUCUCCUGAGAUGAUCACUGAUGAGAAGAAUGAUGAGGGUGAUUUAGUUGAAGAAAUUGGUGAGGGUUCCGACAAGUCAAAUGAUGGUGGUGACCAGAUAGCUGUGGAGACUGAUCAGAGUCCUGAGGCUGCUUCAGUCGCUGGAGAGAGAACAACAGCUACUGCCAAUACAGAAAUGGAUGCAUCAAAACAAGCUAGUUCCAGUGGAGCAGAGGCAGAAGAGGUUAGACAGGUAUCACCUGCAAGUAACACCUCUACUGUUGUCAAUUUAGCAGAGCGAGCUAGGCAGAGGGCAAUGCUGAGACAGGGUGGAGGUGGAGGUGGAGCUCCUGCAGUACUUUCUUCUCCAAGCGCUAGAGGCCGUGGAAGAGUUCUACGUGGUCGAAUAGCACGUGGUGCACGUGGUGGGCGUGGUGGGCGAAGUGGACGAGGACAAACUCCUGGUCAACAGGGUUAAGAUCUUCCCCAUAUGGUUCUGUUAAACCCGUGAAUACAGCCUCUUUCUUUCUUUUUUCUGGGAAAUUGUUGAAGUCUCUGACUCUUCAUUAGAUCAAAGUAAACAGUCAAUCACAUUGCCCUAGGAAAAUUUUGAGUGAAUAGAAGGCAUGUCUUUCCUGGUCCCCUUGUUCAUUAUUGA